CGACCACCUAGUUCUCUCCCUCCUUUUUUCACGACGACAGCAAACAUGGGAGAGAUCGAAGAAGCAUCUGAGGUUUCUCCACUUUUACCAAACCCGAUAACCGACCCGAUCCCUUCAACCCGGACUAAAUCGGUUCGAACCAAAGUCCCUGAGGUCAAAAUCCACUUAUAUAAGCAAGGUAAGGGUCCGAUUGACGAAUUUACGUCAUCGUUAGGUGGGUGGGACCAAGACCAGCUGGAAGUUCGUGAUAUUCUAGAUAAAUACGGGUUCAAGUCGGUUUAUGCAUUCAAACCGGUUACGGGUCGGGGUGUUCCUAUUAGAUUUAACCCGCGUAAUGGACGAUCUAUUCUUACUUAUAGAGAUGGAUCUGAAAUAUGUAUUGAUGGAGAGCCUAAGGACUCCUUGAUCCAACCUAUUACCAGGAUAUUGGUUGGUGUUGCAAUCAUCGCCAUAUUGAUAGUAUUUGUGAUGAAAGAGUCUCCAGAAUGGGCAAAGAAGUUGAACCUCAGUGGUGGAAAUAUCCCGCCAUGGGUCCUUGCCGCUGCGGUUAUCUUGUUCACACGCGUGAGGAAGAGGACUAAGGAUUUCUUUCAAAAACGCCAAUGAUGAACUGGUGCCACAGACAACUGAAUUUUCUCAAAAAUUUGCAUGCUUUGUUUGUCUUUUAUGCUACAGUUUUUGGAUUCACGUUGUCUAAUCUUAUAAUCCAGUCGUGUACAUGUAACAUGCCAUUCCCCUUCUUUUUCUUGUUGGAGAAUUUUUGUUAUCAACCUGAAUGCUGCGGCAAUGACUGGAUUCUAGAUUGCUUUCAUGAUGAUAUUAUACUAUCAAACGCGCUUUCUCACCACGAGUGAGACAUGUAUGAAAAUAACACCUUGACUCGAGCUUGCUAAGA